UUCUGAAUUAGUACAGCUUUAGUGGGAACAGGAAGACAUCAAACCCAUUAAUACAGUUAGAGAGAGUACAACCAAAUGGACAGAAGGACCUCUCAUUGUUCAGUAUUUAAGACCCACACAAACUAAAAAAAAAAAAAAAAAAAAGGCAAAGCUUUGAAACACUUUGCAGGUGUGUGUGGGAAUGUAUAUAUUCUAUUCAAGAGAGAUGGGGAAAAAAAUGUAGGACUGUUUGUUUCUUCUGUUAGCCUUUCAAAUCUGACUUCUUUUAAGUUUCUCCCCAACACGCCUUGAUGUCCAGACCGCAGGAGCACGGUCCUAGAUAGAGUGACUCUGCAUUUUUAAGCAUUUAUUCUGAAACAAAAUCUGAUUUAGAAAGACUGCUUUGGGAAAACAUACAGCAAUCCAACACUUACUCUAGGACAAAAAAUUCAAAGUAUACAUAUGAGAAAUAAAAUAUAAGCAUCACACUAGAUUUCUGCUGAUAUUUUUGUUUUGUUAUUGUUUUGCAGGCACUAGCACUACUGCUGUAGGAAGUCAAAUGGAGUUUUGCAACUGACUUUGAAUGAAGAGCAGGGUAGGGCUGAACAGGGCAUUUGAAGAGAAGCUACUGCUGUCUUGCUCUCUUAAUUGAGCUGUUCUGUCCAACAUACUGCUAAAGAGGACUGAACUUCUGACUUCUGAAGGAGCCUAGGACCCUAGCAAGUGCAAAGUUACAAUCAAACAGAAAAAUCACGGUUACUUUUUCUAGAAUAAGAAGUGUCUAGAUAAAAUUACAGAAUACUUUUGUGCCAGGCAUUACAGAAAAUUAAUAGAGCCACGACAUUAAAAAAAUUUUACAGCAAGUCACUUAAAAAAAAAAAAAAAAAAAAAAAACGGGGGGGGGGGAUUUUAUUGGAGAGCGACAGUUAUAGCAUUACAAACAUCCGGAAGAGAUCAAGCAACGCUGUUAUAUGCACAGCAGCACACCUAAGACUGAGGUUAAGGUUUUGACUACGUCUCUCCCGCAGCGAAAGCGCACAGCAUUGCCUACCUGUUCACAUCUUACGCCUAUGCAGCGCGUGCUUACAACAGAAGGAAAGAGGGGCCAGGACUGAAACGACUUUGUCGGGCUACAUAAAUCAUGAGGAAUUCCCAGCUGCGGAGCAGCGUGUUAUUUUCCAACAGGUUGUUGAGCUGUCACAUUACAACUUGUUGCUCUAUGCAGCGCUAUUAAAAUAAAUCACGGCGCGUACCAGGUUCUGCUCUGCCACCUAUAAGUCGCUCCGCAUUUUACACCUGGGAGGCGGGCCCGGCGAUGCGAAGUCACGCCGAGCGGCCGCUUCGUUCGAAAUGCCCGGGAAGGGGAGGAACCUGGCAGAGGGAAAUGCAAACAAGUUUCGUAAAGUAACUUUCCAACAAGACCUCGCUGUCAUCUCGGCUAAUUACGGCUCUGAUACGGCUUAUUAGCGCGUACCCACCUUUGCUACCUUGCUUCUCCACCCACCACCCUUUCAGAUCUUUGUCCUAGCUCCGCCUCUCGCCGGCGUUAUAAUGGGCUGGUCUGAAAGUGGUGGAGAGACACAGAACCACAGGGGAAGAGAGCGAUAAUGACAAUAACACUAAUAACCCUAAUAACCCGGCUGCUCCCCGCGCCGCAGCGAGGAGCCGGCCCGGCGGCCCGGCGCUGACGGGGACCCGCAGCGGCGAGGGGGAAGCCGGAGAGAGCGGAGCGAGUGACCCCGGCGGCCCUCCGGAGCAUCGCCCCGCCACCGGGGAGCGCCCGACGGGACCGGCGGCAGAGCCCCGAGGACCAGAGGGCUCGGGGGGGCGCGGAGAGGAGCCCCGGCAGCCGGCCCUCAGCGGGGACCCGCUCUCCUCCGGCCUCAUGGAGCAAGCCGCGUAGCGACAAGGGGGACGGAGAGCGAGCGGCAGCCUCGCCAGGAGACAAGGACGCGGAGGGGGAAACCGUCGGAAGCACCCCGGUGCCCAUCCCGGUCUCGGUGCCGGUCCCGGUGUCGGUCACGGUGCCCGCCUCGCCGGCCGGGGCGCGGAGCCCCGGUGCCCGUCCGGCCUCUGCGGAGCUGUCCAAGGCGGUGCGGAGCCACAGCCGCCCUCCCCCCGACUUCGCCCGGCCCCGCCGCCUCCCCCUCGGCCUCGCCGUCGGGGCCGCGCCAAGGGGCGGGGGUCUCCCCUCGGCCGAUCCGCGAGGAGACAUGAAGCUGGAGGUGUUCUCGCAGCACUACGAGGACAAGCUGAGCGCCGGCAGCGACCAGGAAGGCAGCGGCUCCCUCUCCCCGGCGCCGGCAGAUAGCGAGCUGGGCUCCGACGGCGACUGCGCCGCCAACAGUCCCGGCGGCGGGGCCGGGAGGACGGGGCGCCCCCCGCAGCAGCCCCCCCCGGCCCCGCAGCAGCCCCCGCCGCCGCCACCCCCGCCACCGCCGCCCGAGAGCGCCAAGGGGAAGCCCUACACGCGGCGCCCCAAGCCACCCUACUCCUACAUCGCGCUGAUCGCCAUGGCCAUCCGGGACUCCGCCGGGGGCCGCCUGACCCUGGCCGAGAUCAACGACUACCUGAUGAGCCGCUUCCCCUUCUUCCGCGGCGCCUACACGGGCUGGCGCAACUCGGUGCGCCACAACCUCUCGCUCAACGACUGCUUCGUCAAGGUGCUGCGCGACCCGGCGCGUCCCUGGGGCAAGGACAACUACUGGAUGCUCAACCCCAGCAGCGAAUACACCUUCGCCGACGGCGUCUUCCGACGGCGCCGCAAGCGCCUGAGCCGCGCCGCCCCGCCGCCCGCCCGCCCCGUCGCCGCCCCACCGCCACCACCGCCGCCGCCACCGGGGGAGGCGACCGGAGCGGGCUCCGCGUCCCCCGGCGGCUCCCCGCGGUGCUGCUGCGCCUCCUCGCCCUGCAACUGCGCGCCGGGCCCCGGCGCUAAGAAGGAGGCGGCGACAGCGGGCGGCGCCACCAAGUUCUCCAGCUCCUUCGCCAUCGAGAGCCUCCUCCGGAGGCCGCCGGUGCCCCGCGCCCCCCCGCAGCCUCCCCCGCAGCCCCACGGCCGCGUCGUGUGGCCGGCGCCCCCCGCGCCCCCGCCGCACCUGCUGGCCGGUCCCUACCCGCUGUUGCCCUACCCGGGGGCCGCGCAGCCCCCGCCCGCCGCCCUCUACGGGGGGGGCCUCCUGCAGCUCUGCGCCUACGGGCUGCCCGAGCCGCCGCCGCUGCUGCUGCCCGGCGGGCGGCAGGCGCUGCCCCGCGGGGAGGCGUCGGGGGAGCGGCCACCGGAGCCGCUCUUCCCCGCCGGCCUCCAUAAAGGGGGCCGGGGAGGGCCGCAGCCGGGGUCCCCGCUGUACGCCCCCCUCCGGGUGCCGCCGGCCGCCGGGGGCUCGGCCCCCUUCCAGCCGUACGCCGUGGAGACCCCCCUGGCUUAA